GCUUUGACGAGCCUCCCUUAAGUAAAUAAUUGUUUCAAUGCUUGCAAUUAUAAUAUAAUAUAAUAUAAUAUAAUAAUAUAAUGCGAAUGUGACAUUAAUGCUCAAAUGCUCAGACUGCACAGAUUUAUUCGAUUAUGCGCUGUAUGCUAACAAAUACGUGCGAAGGGCCCAAACAGCUGGUUACGCAAAUUCAUUGACUGGGUUCAUUGGAGUUCAAUAGAAUUGCCUUUUUGGCUAUUACGUGUCGCGCUGCCGGCUACAAUCUCAAGUGCCUUACUACUGAGUGUGUUUGAGCUAGUGUGUGUGUGCGUGAAUGUGUGUGUGUACACACGCAGCAUCCCACAUCAGAAGAUUCCACCAAAUACAAAUUUCUCAGUCUGUUUCGGACGUGCAAACAGCGAGCAACAAAUAAAAACGUUAAACGCAAAGAAUUCGUUUCAAGUGCCAUAUAAACAAAUCAAACGAAUCAAAAAAUAAAUAACAAAAAUGCCCAGAAAUUUAUCCAUAUGGCCAAUGUUGCUGUGCACACUUGGAAUACUGGCUGCUGUCGGACCCAUGCCCGCCAUCGGAGCUGUGGCGAAUAGUCACAAGCACGAGAAGCACACGAGCAAGGAGCGUGUCAAGGACGGCAUCUUUAUACCGAGGGAUGCCCAUCAUCAUGGCGAUGAUGGCGAACACAAUGUGGAGUUUGAUCACGAGGCCAUUAUAGGCAAUACGAAAGAUGCCCAGGAAUUUGAUACACUGACACCGGAAGAGUCCAAGCGACGCCUGGCGAUACUUGUCCGAAUGAUGGAUUUGAAUCAUGAUGAGUUUGUCGAUCGGCACGAACUGAAAGCGUGGAUAUUAAGGUCCUUUAAAAAAUUAUCAGAGGAGGAGGCUGCGGAUCGUUUUGAGGAAAUCGAACAGGAUCAGGAUGAUUUGAUUAGUUGGAAAGAGUAUUUGCAGGACACGUACGCCAUGGAGGAUGAGAACUUCAAGAAGGAUGUCAUCGACUUCGACAGCUACGAAGAGGAGCAGCGAAUGAUUAAACAAGACAAGGAACUGUUCAAUGCAGCCGAUACCAACAAGGAUGGAAUGCUCAGUCUCGACGAAUAUGUGUACUUCCAGAAUCCCGAGGAGCAUCCACAUAUGUUGCCGGUGCUGCUGGAGCACACGAUGCAAGACAAGGAUCUCAAUCAUGAUGGCAAAAUCGAUUUCCAGGAGUUUGUCGGCGACUCGGCCAAGCAUCAUGACAAGGAGUGGCUAAUCACGGAAAAGGAACGUUUCGACAAGGAGCACGAUGCGAACGGCGAUGGCGUAUUGACAGGCAAUGAGGUAAUCUCGUGGAUUGUGCCGAGUAAUACGGUCAUUGCCGAUGAUGAGGUUGAUCAUCUGUUUGUCUCCACGGAUGAGGAUCACGACGAUCGUUUGUCCUAUCUGGAAAUCCUGAACAAUUACGACAUAUUCGUCGGCAGUGAGGCAACCGAUUAUGGAGAUCAUAUACAAAACUUACAACACCUGACCGAUGAGCUGUAAUCCAAUUUUCAAUUUGUAUUCAUAUCACGAAAACUGCUAGAGAAUCUGUGCUUAGUAUUGUAUUAAUUUAUUAAUUUAGUUAGUAAAUAUUCUCGUAUAUAUUUUAUUCUUGCAAAUUGAAUAUACAUAUUUUGUAUUCGAAAGUUUGCAAUCAUAAAUAUUUAUUGUAGUAAUUUAAUAUAGACACCAAAAAAAAGAAGGAAUAAUCUACAAUAUGAAUACAUAAAUAAUUUUUACUAAAUUA